AUGGAACACCUCCCAGUGCAUUUGGCUUAUGAAGCAUGGAUUGCUGGUCCUGUGCAAUAUCGGUGGAUGUAUCCAUUUGAGAGGUACCUUAGGAAGUUAAAAAAUAAUGUGAAAAAUAAAGCCAAAGUGGAAGGUUCCAUAUGCAAUGCAUAUUUAGUUGAAGAAGCAUCGUCAUUCUGCGCUCAUUAUUUUGAACCCCAUGUCAACACAAGGCAUCGUAAGGUUCCACGCAAUGAUGAUACAGUCGAACAUAUGGAUGAACAUCUAGGGAAUCUAUCAAUUUUCACUCAUUCCGGUAGGCCACUGGGAAAAGGAAAGGUUAGAUAUCUCACAGAACAAGAAUUUCAAGCAGCACAAAUGUACAUCUUGUUGAAUUGUAUAGAAGUAAAACCGUACAUUGACAUUUUUGUUAAUGAGUUACACAUGGCCAAUCCAAAUAUCAAUGAUAAACAAGUUGAUGAGAAACUAGAGCGUGAAUUUGAUAAGUGGUUCAAUAAAUAUGUUCACAAUCCCUCCAACAAUAUAUCAAGCCAGUUUUUAAAGGAUCUAUCAAAGGGUCCAUUAAGAAGUGUUAUGUGCUACAAUAGUACUGGAUUACCAAUCAAAAGAAUCGUAUUGUUUAAAUGUGAUUGGUUUGAUCCAACACCAAAUGUGGGAACAAAGAUUCAUCCAAAAUAUAAACUUGUGGAUAUUAAUCAUAAAAGAUCCUUCAAUAGGUAUGAACCAUUUGUUCUUGCUAUCCAAGCUGCUCAGGUGAAUUAUUCCAUAUAUCCAAGCUUAAAACGUGACAAGGAUGAUUGGUGGGCUGUGUUCAAAAUCAAAGCGAGAUCUGUUAUUGAUCUUCCUGAGCAAGUGAAUGUCACAACCCCCCCUGCACGGGAAGAACCAUUUCAAGAAGAUGAAAUGGAAGUCCCUUUGAUUCAAAUUGACGAUGAUGAUGAUCAACAACAAUACUUGAAUGAUCAAAACGGUGUACUAGUUGAAAUUAAUGAAGAGGAUGUUGAAGAUGAAGAAGAGCUUGAAUUGGACUCAGAAAGUGAUGAGGAAUGCGAUGAUGUAUAUGAUAGUGAUACUAAUUAGAAUUAGGAUGCGAGGCAACGGUCGCAGGGGAGGUUUGUUGGGUCAUUCACAGUCAAG